CAGGUCUUAUUAUCUUAUCUCACCCACGUGAUCAAGUACAGUCUUUUUUAUUGUCAUUGAAGCUACGAAGCUUGCCACCACCUCUCUCAAAUCUGAGAAAAAUGAAUGAAAAAUAAACAAUCAUAACAGGUAUAGUUGUUCUGUUCAAAAUUCAGAAGCGAUGGAUGAAAGGGAUUCAGAAGGCGAGAAACUUUCAGAAAUGGAAAUUGGGUUAAAAAGGCCUCUUCUCAGAAAACGAGGAGCUGGUAUUGGAUUGAUUCCAAAUUCUAGUUCACAGAUGGCCCUUGUGGGCUCUCAAGUUUCUCCAUUGGAGAGCUUAGAUUAUGAAGUGAUAGAAAAUGAUCUUUUCAAGCAGGACUGGAGAUCGAAGACAAAGGUUGAAAUAUUUCACUACAUAGUCCUUAAAUGGACACUGGUCUUUUUGAUUGGUUUAUUCGUUGGGCUUAUUGCAGCCUUUAUCAAUCUAGCAGUAGAGAACAUUGCAGGGAUGAAGCUGCUAAUUGCUUCUAAGCUGGUGUUGCAACAAAGGUAUCUCCUAGCGUUUGCAAUAUUUACAGCUGCGAAUCUACUACUGGUUUUAUGUGCAGCAGUGCUUACUGCUUAUGUUGCACCAACAGCAGCAGGGGCGGGUGUGCCAGAGAUUAAGGCUUAUCUCAAUGGUGUGGAUCUCCCAGGAUUCUUGGGUCCUAGUACACUUUUUGUUAAGGUGUUUGGUAGUAUUUGUGCUACUUCUGCGGGAUUGGAUUUAGGAAAGGAAGGGCCUCUGAUCCACACUGGAUCGUGCAUAGCAUCCCUGAUGGGACAGGGGGGCUCAAGACGUUAUCAUCUCACAUGGAGAUGGCUGAGGUUCUUCAAAAAUGACAGAGACAGAAGAGAUCUUAUAACAUGUGGCGCUGCUGCAGGAGUGGCUGCAGCUUUCCGUGCACCCAUUGGUGGUGUGCUCUUUGCGCUUGAGGAAAUAGCAACCUGGUGGCGAAGUGCUCUUCUUUGGAGAACCUUUUUCACAACUGCAGUGGUUGCUGUAGUUCUACGAGCAUUCAUUGAUUAUUGUGGAAGUGGAAACUGUGGGCUUUUUGGAGGUGGGGGACUGAUAAUGUUUGAUGUGAGUUCAGUGACUAUAAAAUAUAGACCUAUUGAUCUACUUCCCGUAGUGAUACUGGGGGUCGUUGGAGGAGUAGUGGGAGCAGUAUAUAACUACCUUCUUGAGCAUACUCUGAGAAUAUAUGCCUUAAUCAAUCAGAGAGGGCCAAUAUCCAAAAUACUUCUUUCAUGCGCUGUGUCUCUGUAUACAUCCUGUUGUAUAUUCGGACUUCCAUGGCUUGUAGCAUGUAAACCUUGUCCAGAAGGAAAGAUGCUCGACCAUGAAUGUCCCAAUGUUCGCAGAACAGGGAACUUCAAGCGAUUCCAUUGCCCUGAAGGCCACUACAAUGACCUUGCAACUUUGCUGUUCAACACAAAUGAUGCUGCUGUUAGAAGUAUAUUCAGCUCUGGCACUGGAAAUGAGUUUCAGUUGACAUCACUGUUGCUCUACUUCAUUGCAAUUUUCAUAUUGGGACUAGUAACAUAUGGACUGGCACUUCCAUCAGGUCUCUUCAUACCUUUAAUCUUAAUAGGCUCUACAUAUGGCAGAGCCCUUGGUGAGAUGAUGGGAUCAUUUGCAAACAUUGAUCAAGGACUUUUUGCUGUGCUUGGUGCAGCCUCUCUUCUAGGGGGCUCAAUGAGAAUGACAGUUUCACUUUGUGUGAUCCUUUUGGAGCUAACAAAUAACUUAUCCUUGCUCCCUUCGAUUAUGAUAGAACUGUUAAUUUCAAAGACAAUAGCUGAUUGCUUCAACAGCAGUGUCUAUGACAAAAUUGUGCACUUGAAGGGGCUUCCAUUCUUGGAAGCACAUCCUGAACCAUUUAUGAGUCAACUCACUGCAGGGGAUGCUGUCAUAGGUCCAUUGGUAACCCUUCACAGAAUAGAGAAGGUUGGAAACGUUGUACAGAUUUUGAAAAACACUAAGCACAAUGCCUUCCCAGUUAUAGAUGAACCCCCUAACUCAGAAACGCCAGUCUUGCGUGGCCUUGUCCUUAGGUCACACCUCUUGGUCUUGUUGAAGAAAAAGGACUUCCACAUUUCUGAGCAGGAUGCAGUUGUUUCUGCAGGGUUGAACCAGAACCUUUCUUCUGAAGACUUUGCAAAGCCAGGCUCAGGAAAAGGUCUCAAGAUUGAAGAGAUUGAAGUAAGUGCAGAGAAAGAGGAAAUGUAUAUGGAUUUGCACACAGUCAUAAAUACCUCGCCAUACACUGUAGUGGAAACCAUGUCACUGGCAAAGGCACUCAUACUAUUUCGGCAUCUUGGCUUGCGCCAUCUAUGUGUGGUACCCAAAGAAACUGAGAGAGCUCCCAUUGUUGGAAUACUGACAAGGCAUGAUUUUAUGCCCGCACAUAUUCUUGCUCGCCAUCCUCACCUGCAAGAAAGAAAAACAAAAAGAUUGGGAAUUUAGCCCUCUUUCAAAGAAAGAGAAGUUCAACGGUUUCCUACUACAAAAUUUGAGUUCCGCAAGGAAGUGUGGCAUGCAAUUCUUAUAACAAAAUUAUUACUUUUUCAUUGUUCGUAUUAAAUAAGAGUCUAUGUUCUAUUGUUGAUUAGAUUGUGUAUUCACUAGAGAGAAAUUGCGGAUUAGGGAAGAGGUUCCAAGUCAUUGAGCAUGUUUCAAUAGCUAUGAUAGUAUUUGUUGAUUUAAUGUUUAAUAAUUUUGAUAAUAUUGUAUCAAUAAUUGUGACUUUAAAGUCGUUAUUGGUAAUAAUAAUAUUGCAUCAAUAGUUGCAACUUUAAA